GACAAGGCGUCUACGAUUGAUAAAAACUUCUACAACAUUCCAUCAGCGGUUGAAAAUGUGGACAGCAUUAGGUUUGUACGCUUUUGGACCAACUUACAAAGAUCUUAGAGAAUACAAGAAGCUACAAAGAUACCGGAAAACGAAAGGCGAUAGAGCUGUUUAUAUUCCAGAGGAAGCAUUUGCUGUUGGUGAAGAAUAUCUUCCUUAUCUUGAUGAGGUCAGAAUCCAAGAGCAACCUCAAAAUUUUCAAGAUGGCUCUUCUGUUUCGUAUGAAUCAGAAGGUAUCAAGUUUAAAUAUUCAAUGGGAGGAAAUAUCAAGUUAUACGAUGACCACAUCGCUUUAACAAGUCCAAGGAAGAAAGUGAAAAUUGGCAAGUAUUCUUACCAAAUACUGGACAAUACUAUGGAAAGCUCUUUGAACAACUCGCCGGCGCGAAGCGUGCUAUCUGCGAAUUUUGGCACCUUGGAUAUGACACCGAAGAUUUUUAGUUCACCAGUAAAGAGUGGUCUAGAAGUAAACGCGAAAAAUGCUCAGGGUAGAACAGAGACAUUGGAUGAAAGUAAACCGGAAAAUGGAAAGACAAAUUCUGAUUUGCAAAUUCAAGCGGUGUUGGAACGAUUAAGGCUGGCAGAUGAUGAAACAAAACAGCUGUCCAAAAGUAACCCAACAUCUUCGAGUAUUGCCGAUAGUAUAGCAAAAGUUGAUUCGUGGAGAACGGAUUUUAACAACUGCAACAGUCCUUCGCAUAACGCCGAAGAGGUGAAUUCAGGGGACACCGACUUUCGGCAAGAAAACACAUCGUCUGGAAAUGGCGCGAGAGUAAGAGAUUAUUCUCCGAUUCGGACAACACCAGCAAUGGAAAAUCUUUCAAAAUUAAAAGAUGAUAAAACACCCAGUAUUGAGGCUAGAACUGAAAGUUAUCCAAUUAGGACGUCCGAGGAGAAGAUUUUUGGCGAACCAGAAGUUAUGGAGAUUGACGUGAGCUCAAGAAAUGAAACUGGAAAUAAGAAUUUUGACGCGAAAAGAGGAGAAAUGCAGGAUCCCGAAAGAAUGAACCGAUAUAAUCGGACAUUGCUCUACGUUAGUGAACAAAAUGAGACAUUGCAUAAUGGAGACUACAACGAAUUAAACGUUGAUUUGUCAGACUUGAGUUCAGACGUGUUUACAGACAGCGAAAUACCCACAUCCGGGUUCUUAUCGCAGUCACGUGAUGGAAAGAGCGACUUAGAUUUUUACCCAGACUCCCCGACAACAGAACAAGCUUUCUCAAAGACUCCUUGUAGUUCCAGAAAAAACAGCUUGGAUUCAUACAUUUCUGGCGACAGCAUGUCCGCUACUGAAAUGAACCAAAGAACGGGGAUACAGAAAAACCUGCACCAGAUGGUAUCAAAUGGGGAGGUACAUUCAAAUUCAUACAUAAAACAAAAUGGCAGAGCAAAACAGCAACAAGGCGUUAGAACAAAAGCAUCGGACGGGAAAUCUCACCAACUGAAAUGUCGACAAGGAGCGAAGACAGUCGAGUCGAAGAAGAUGGAUUUCAACAAGAAAGCGAAGUCUAAAGUAAAUUCCUUCAGCAAUAUUGGGCACGUGCCAGGAGGAGGGCGAGUGAAGAUUCAGCAAAGUAAAUUGGGUCAGUCUAGACGGGUAGAACCCAGAACGGACACUCAUGGGGUUGAGGCGUACAGUAACUUACCCUCCGAAUUUCAAGAAAUUGCAAAACGUCUCGCUAAACAGGACAGGCAACUUCGAAAUUCUAAAAUUAGUGGCAGCAGUUUAAAUGGCAGAAGCCGAACUCGCUCGCGAAGAUCAAGCCGUGGCUCUAGUCGAACAGGAAGCGUUAGUCCCGAUCGAAGAUCAACUUCCAAACCGAAUUUCAGGUUGGGGACUCUUACAGGUUCCUCGUUUAACCUCAACACUUCGACUACAAGCCUUGGACACAGCUCACCCAACAAAGCUUCCAGACGACCCGUAGUAAACAGAUCACCCAGCAUACGAUCCAGGCCAACAACACCAAGCUUGAGUCGCUCACAUCCAGCUACUUAUGUCACGCCAUACGAUUCCCGGUCACGGCCUUCUUCCAGACCGUCCUCUCGUCCAAACUCGCGUCCAACCUCCCCCGUUUCGCUGUCAAGAAACGCAUCACCUACGAAUGGAGGGCGUUCACGUGGAUCGUCGCCUGUUCCGACCAGUCGAAAAUCAUCGACGCUGAGCCGAACUUCGCCGAAUGCUAAUCGGUCAAAGAAAAAGAUGGCAAAUGGAAUGGGCGGAAGAUCUAUGAAUUUCAACGCGCUGACUAGCGUGGAAAUCGGCCUUGCAUCGGGAUCGGUAUUUCAAGUGAUUCCAGUUCAUAAGUAACACGGAACAUUGAGAGAAGCUUUGUUUGCAUUACCCGAUGUAACUGUCAUUGACUAUCCCAAAGCAUCUCGUGAAGCCAACACAGGCAGCUGAAAAACUGAACUUUAGGUGCUUCGCCCAUGCUCUCUCAAUCACGGAACGGAUUUUAAUGUUGUCUUUAAUAGCUGCUGGCCAGCUUUAACUAUAUCAAGAGUUUAACAGGUCUUGUUAUUCGUUUUUGAUGUCUGUUUAACCUCGUAUGGAAAAGCAAAGAGAGGGGCUUCAUAUAUCAACGAAACAUAUAUAUGAUAAGGAAGAGAAAAAUGAGAUUGAAAAUAUGUUACUUGGUAGAGACAGGUUGCUUGGCAACUGAUACCAUCAUCCUCGUCCUCGAUUGAGCUUGGUGACCGCUCACAUAAUCUGUAUCCUCAGUUUUGAGUACACCUCUAAAGCCCCGACAGCAAGAAGAGGAAUAAGCUUGAAAAGAAGCAAAAUUGCUAGACUGCAUCCUUGGGUAUGCGCAUAAGAAUCUAGUUAUCACGCUAGAAAAAACAGUGGGUGUCUGCUUCUCGAAAAGUUCCCAGUACGCUCAAAUUUAUCGGGUUUGCAGAGCUAACGUUCACGCUAAAACCCGUUUUCGAUAGACAAUUUUUCCAAAUCAGUAUGGAUGUCGGGCCUAAGAUAAUUAAUCAAAGGUAUUAGGGAAAAUAGUGAUUACAAAUUAACAGUGCUUUAUUGAUGUGAAAAGACUUCAUCACAUAUUUUCUUGUUAUACCACACAUAGUUCAUCGCUAAAUUUUGUAGCUAAAAAAGGAUAAUGCUGUAAUCACGAUCGUACGUUCAAAAUGAAAUGAUUUUGUACGAAAAUGUCAUGAAUUUUCAUCAAUUCAAAUAAACUUGUCACUUAAAGACCUUCAAAUUGGUUUAAUAAACUCAGUCAAUUGCUUUUGCAGCCAAAGGUAUUCACUGGCCAUUACAUGAAAUACAACAAUAACUAAUUCCCUCAAAGCAUAGUUUGGAGAGAUGGCGAGCGAAUUUGAUUUCAAUUUGAACGUGGGGUAAUCCUGUAAACUGAUCGCCCGGCUGGGCGUGGUCCUGAGAGGGACUGUUGUCGGUACUGGUGACCGACGUUUCGACCUCCUGAGCGGAAGUCAUCAUCCGAGUCAACUGAGGAGUUGUUGUCAGUCGAGUAUCAUAUGUCCUGUUCGUGUCAACUAAUUGGUUUCUCCGCGAUGCUAUUGUUUAUUGAUUUGAUUAUGUCAUCCAUUAUUAAUGUACAGAGACCCUGUUGAUAAAGCGGACACCCUGUUUUUGGCGGACACUGACUAGGUCUGACCAAUAGUCCCGAUUUUAUCCACCCAUUAGCCUGCUUGCAGGCAAUAGUAUUUGGCAUGCGUGAGAUUCAGCGCGGCGUAUUUUUUCAGUCGCCAUAUUGGACCGGUGGAAGA